AUGGUUCGCAUAUUGGAGCUGCGGAAGGAGAAGAGCCGGGACGCAGCGAGAUCUCGGAGGGGAAAGGAGAACUACGAAUUCUACGAGCUGGCCAAGAUGCUGCCGUUGCCGGGGGCAAUCACGUCCCAGCUGGACAAGGCGUCCAUCAUCAAGCUCACCAUCUCGUACCUGAAGCUCCGGGAUUUCUCCGCGCACGGCGACCCGCCAUGGAACCGGGACGCCCCGCUCCUCAAAUCGAUCAAA